CAGCCGCAGCGAGGUGGGGCUUGUCCCUUGUCCCCCAAUUUCCAAACCGCGGCAUGGACAUCGUCAUUUGCUGCAGAAGCAUCCAUCUCUCGAUAGGUAGCCAGCGUGUUGCGUUCCGGCUCAACCCCGGCACCGCCGAUUUCCAUGCUGCCGUAAACUAUUCCCACCGCCGCUGCCCGCACCACGAUGAGCGCGCAGCUCCGUGCAGCUGGGGCAAUGGCGACGGCGCCCCUCGCCGCCCGUCACGCCACGGUCCGCGCUGUCCGACACUUCCACCAACUGCCCACCGGCGGCAUCCAGCGCGCCGAACUCGCCGCUCGCAGCUUUCGGAGAUCGCUGCAGUUUCCCGCAAAUGCCUACCACAAUGCCGUCAUUGUCCGAAACGCCUCCUUUGCGCGCCUGCUGCCGAAGCUGGCCCUCAAGUUCGUCAGGAUCCCCGCCCUUUUUGGCGGCCUGGCAAUCGGCACCGUGGGCUGGAUACAGUAUCAGGCAAUUCAGGUCAGUAACUCGGCGCAGGAGAUGUACGGCAACAUGAAAAACGCCGUCACGUCCACCGCCUCGAGCCUCUGGGGAGGCGCCAAGGACAUUGCAGAACAAACGAAACGCGGGUGGAGCAACACCAAAGAACAGUUCGAGAUGCCCGAAUGGCUCGACAAAAUCAUGCGGGGGGAGGGCGAGGCCGGCUCUGGCAGGCAUGGCUCGGGUGGACAGGGCGGGCCAGGCGGGCCGGAACCGCCGCUGCAGAGCAGGGUCGGCGCCGCCGCCGUUGCAGGUGCUUCGGCCGCCGCAUAUGGCUAUGAUCAGUCCGACGAACAUGACGACCGGACGCCCGAGGAGAUCCUGAAGGACGACCAGAUGAUGUACAUCACGAAGCGGAUGAUUGAGAUCCGGAACCUGCUCCAGAAAGUCGGCCAGUCCAGCACUGUCACGCUACCGUCUAUUGUCGUGAUUGGGUCGCAGUCAUCGGGGAAGAGCUCAGUCUUGGAAGCUAUCGUCGGCCACGAGUUCCUACCGAAGGGGAGCAAUAUGAUCACCCGGCGACCGAUCGAGCUAACACUAGUGAACGACCCUGAAGCUCGGGCCGAUUAUGGCGAAUUCCCUGAUCUCGGUCUGACGAGGGUCACCGACUUCUCUUUGAUUCAGAAGACCCUCACGGAGCUCAACCAAUCCGUUCCCGAGUCUCUAUGCGUUACAGACGACCCCAUCCGGCUCACGAUCCAUUCGCCAAAGAUACCCGACCUAUCGCUUAUCGACCUCCCCGGCUACAUCCAGGUGGCCGGGGAGAACCAGCCGCGGGAGCUGAAGCGGAAGAUCUCGGAGCUUUGCGACAAGUAUAUCCGAGGCCCCAACAUUAUCCUGGCCAUUUCAGCUGCCGAUACGGAUCUGGCGAACUCGACCGCUCUGCAGGCCAGCCGCAGAGUCGAUCCCAGAGGCGAAAGGACGAUUGGCGUCAUCACCAAGAUGGAUUUGGUCGAGCCGGAAAAGGGGGCGGCGAUUCUGAACGACAGGCAAUACCCCCUUCGCUUGGGUUAUGUUGGUGUGAUCUCCAAGCUGCCUCCGCAGACCGGCCUUUUCAGGAGAGAGGCCAGCAACCUCCUAGCAGGCAUUAACAGGAACGAGAAGUCCUUCUUUAACUCGUAUCCAGCCCAGUUCGGGCCAGAAUCCGGGGUUAGUACCGGCACCAUCACGCUCCGCAAGAAGCUGCUGCAGGUUCUGGAGCAGCAGAUGUCCUCCAGGCUACAGGAGACGACAGACGCCAUCCAGCGGGAGCUCGAGGAGACCACGUAUCAAUUCAAGGUCCAGUACAACGAGCAGCCCAUGAGCGCCGAGGCCUACUUGGCCGCGAGCCUGGACGAUUUCAAGCACCAAUUUCACGAAUUUACCUCCAGCUUUGGCCGUGCCCAGCUGAACAGCCUUCUCAAGGACGCCCUCGACCAGAAGGUGCUUGACCAGCUUGCAGCAAGAUAUUGGAACAGGCCGAUAGAAGACCUUUUGGUCGCGCCCCCGGAGCCGGAUAAUAUUGCCGAUCUGCCGAAGGCUGACCCGGACUCUCCUUAUUGGCAUCGUCAGCUCGACACGGCUACGUCAGCGCUCACCAGGCUCGGCGUGGGCCGUCUCGCAGCAACGGUGGCCGCCUCGGCUGUGCAGUCUAAUAUCGACAAGCUCCUCGACAAGUCAUCCUUCGCCAAGCACCCCUCCGCUCGCAAGGUCAUCAGCGAGGCCGCGUCCACCGUGCUCGCCGACCGGUCGUACGCCACAAGCGACGGCAUCGAGAUCUCGCUCAAGCCGUACAAGUUCGACCCCGACAUCCAACCGGACGAGUGGGCCCAGGGUCGGGAACACGUCGUGGGCGUCCUGGAGGGCGAGCUCAAGCAGUGCCAAGCGGCCAUGAAGAGCCUCGAGGCGUCCGUCGGUGGCAAAAAGAAGCUCAAGGAGGUCAUGUCGUUCGUCGACAAGGCGCGCAAGGGCGAGAUCAUUGUUGAGGGCGACCACCCCAGCGGAGCGGGCGGGUUCAGCGCCGCGCUUCUCGCACGAGGCCGCGAAGCCGUCUUCCUCCGCGACCGCGCCGACAUCAUCAACUUGCGCAUCCUCGCCGCCAAGUCACGCCAGUGCCGUCGGCCCGAGAACAAGUACUACUGCCCAGAGGUCUUCCUCGACGCCGUCGCCUCCAAGCUGGCCCGCAACGCCGUGCUCUUCCUGCAGGUCGAGAUGCUGCACGACUUCUACGUCCGCUUCCCGCGCGAGGUCGAGGCCAAGCUGCGCGAGCACAUGUCGGCCGCCGGCGGCGGCGGGCUCGAGCGCUUCGCCCGCGAGGACCCCAAGGUCCGCCGCCACCUCGAUCUGAUCCAGCGCAAGGAGCUGCUCGAGCUGGUCCUGGCCAAGAUCGAGGACUUGCACCGCUUCGGGGCCGGGGCCGGUGCUGGCGCGGGCGUGGGUGUGGGUGGAAUCGGCAAGGACGCUGCUGCUGGGGAGAUGGCGAAGAGGAGGGGGAGGAGGUCGAUCUUGUUUUAGGUAGCCGCCCCGCCGCGCCGCGCCGCGCCACUGGCUGUGGGCGGUGUGAGUGAGAGAGCGCGCGCCAGGAGGGAAACAACGUCUUUUGCAUAGCUGCUGCGAGUAGUGCUCGGGGCAGAUGGGACUCGGCGUUUUGAGGAUGAGAUUCUGGGACGGGGGGUUGGUGUUCGGC